GGGCCAGGAAGGGCUUUACUCUUUGUGGGAUCUGUGACUUCGGGCGCGCGGGUUUAUCGCGGGCACCGCGCCCCAGCCCGUGACAGUUGGGAGUGCUCUUCCGCCUGCCCGCCUGCCAGGGGGUCUGGGAGCCUAGAGCUAGGGGACAGAGUUGCAGGGCCGGUCCGUGUCCCUGUGAGGCUCUCUCCCGAAAUCCUGCGGUCUUAGGGCAGCGGAGGCGCAGUGACCCCCGAGGUCGCAGGCGUGGCUACGGACCUACCUCCUGGUGGUAUAGUCGUCACUGUGGGUGUGGGUCUGCGAGGGAACUGGGUUCCAAAGCGUGGUCCUGAGAAAGGCGGCGGGGCGGCGCCAGUGCCCCCAGGCCGGGCUCGUGAGGGGUCUGAGAGCGCGCCUGAAAGCGGGGGAACGGCCCCUCCUCGGGUGGCAGAGCUCCGCGCCGGGGCGGCAGUUCGGGUUUGAUAUCCCUGCUCAGGGCCGUGCGGGUCGACUGGGUGUCACCGCGCGGAGUGGGAAUGCCCGGUGUCACCCAGCGUACUCCCUGCUCCCUGAAUCGUAGGGAGGACCGCAGGGCUGCGGCCGCAGAACAGAGAUUUGGACCUAGUGAAAGGACGUCGCCCCUUAGACCCAGCUAUGGACUCCACAGCAUCAGUUCUCCCUUCUCAGGACCCUCCUCUUCCUCCAGAGAGAUACCCAGGAGAAAAGGGAACAACCAGUUUAUUCCUGAAAGCCAGGUCCCAGGAUCUGACGACAUUCGAGGAUGUAGCUGUGGAAUUCACCCAGUGGGAAUGGGGACAGCUGGACCCUGCUCAAAAGGACCUAUACAGGGUAGUGAUGCUGGAGAACUUCAAGAACCUGGCCUCUCUGGGGCUUCCAGUGGCUAAACCAUAUGUCAUCUCCCAGUUGGAGAAAGGGAAAGAACCCUGUGUAUUAGAAGGAGAAAUCUCAACAGAAUGGGAGCAAGGGUGUGACCUCUGGAUCUAGUCUUGACAGUGCUCUACAAACAUGGCUGUGUUUCAGAAUCUCUCAGGGAGCCUGUUAAAGAUCCAGAUCUCCAGAGGCCACAUGAGACCUACUGAUUCAGAAUAUGGCUUCUGGGAGCACUGGAAUCAGUAAUCAUCUACCUCUUCAGAAGUGUUACUAUUAUUACAUUAGUUUUCUGUUAUUGCUGAAACAAACGAAUACAAACUUAAUGACUUUAAACACGAGUUUAGUUAUAGUUCAUAGGUCAGAAAUCUGGCAUGGAUCUCACAAAAGAUGUCAGGAGAGGUGUGUUCCUUUCUGGAGUCGCUAGGGGAGAUUCUGUUUUCUGUCAUUUGAGUUGUUGGCAGAACCAGUUCUUGCAGU